GAAAACUAGAAAUGGGAAAUGAGAAAUGUUUUCCACGACUAGACAGGCCCUAAUCUUGCCUCUGUUUUGAAAUCUUACAGUCAGAGACUGGUAUCUUGGAAUAUUUAUCUUCAAAGCAAAAUUUGUGCCAAGCAAUUCUAAAAUUCUCUCUCUCUUGGAGAAGCUAGCUAAAGGCUUAAAAGCCUCAUUUCUCCCAAUCCAUGUAUAUUGAGCUUGUCAAAGCCAUCUUUUCUGAAGCAGUCUCUUUGUAGCAAUGGCACAUACUGAUAUUGCACCGAGUCCUCGAAGCACCAAUCUUGGUAACAAAGUAGGAGCCUUUCUCGUGAUCUUGACAAUCUUCUGUGUCCUGUUUCGCUUCAUUCUGCAUCUCAUUGCCAAAACUACCCAUUCGAAGGAAGGCCAGCAAAGGACUGGAGAAAAGAUCAACAUAGAUGAGUCCCAGAAGAGCAUAGGUGAAGAAAGUCUACAGAAGAAGCAUAUAGAAGGCCUCCAAGCCCAGCAGUUAGAAAGUCUUCCUUCAUUGGUUGCUGGGGUACAGUCAGAUGAGAGAAGUUUGCAGCUAGAGGCAACUAUGCAGAUCCGCAGAUUGCUUUCUAAAGAACUAAACCCUCCAAUUGAGGAAGUUGUACAAUCUGGUGUUGUUCCACGCUUGGUUGAGUUUCUUUCCAGUGAAGAUUUUCCAAAGCUUCAGUAUGAGGCAGCUUGGGCCCUCACAAACAUUGCUUCUGGAACCUGGAGGAACACUAAAGUGGUGAUUGAUCAUGGGGCAGUCCCAAUCUUCAUUAAGCUUCUUGCUUCUUCAAAUGAUGAUGUUCGUGAGCAGGCUGCAUGGGCAUUGGGAAAUGUGGCUGGUGACUCUGCCAGAACCCGGGAUCUUGUACUCAGCCAAGGUGCCUUGAUGCCAUUAUUGGCACAGUUAUAUGAGCAUGAUAAGCUUUCAAUGUUGAGAACUGCAUCAUGGACGCUCUCAAACUUCUGCAGAGGCAAGCCAGAGCCUGAAUUUGAGCGGGUGAAGCCUGCAAUUCCAGUACUAAAGCAUCUUGUUCAUGCAAAUGAUGAAGUCGUCCUGACAAAUGCGUGCUGGGCACUGUCAUAUAUCUCUGGUGGCCAAAACAAAAAUGUUCAAGCUAUAAUUGAGGCUGGUUUCUGUCCUCAUCUUGUUGAGCUCCUCCUUCACCCAACUCCUUCAGUGCUGUCUCCUGUCCUUCUUAUUAUUGGAAAUAUUGUGACUGGAGAUGACAGCCAGACUCAGUGCAUAAUUGAUCACGGUGCACUUCCAUGUUUGCUGAACCUGCUGACCUGUAAUUACGAGAUGAGCAUCAUGAAGAGUGCUUGCUGGGCAAUCUCCAACAUUACAGCUGGAAACAGAGAACAGAUACAGGCUGUUAUUGAUGCUGGUCUGAUCGGCCCUCUAGUGAAUCUUCUCCAAAAUGCCAAUUUGGAUGUACAGAAAGAGGCUGCAUUGGCAAUAGCAAACGCUGCCUUUGGCUGCACUCAAGAGCAGAUGAAGCACCUGGUGAGUCAAGGAUGUAUUAAGCCAUUGUGCGAUCUCCUCGAAUGUUCUGAUCAGAGUGUUGUGAGUGUCUCACUUGCUGGGCUAGAGUACAUCUUAGAGGCUGGUGAGGCAGAGAAGAAUUUGGGUAGAACUGGAGAUACUAAUUACUAUGCUCAGUUGAUCGACGAUGUAAAUGGGACGGAGAAGAUAGUAAACCUCCUAUACCAUCACGAUGACUUUGGCAACUACAAAAAUGCAGAAAGGAUUCUCAAGACAUAUUGGACGGAAGAGGAAGAGGAAGAGGAAGAGGAAGACGAGGAGUCGACAAGUGAGGAAGAAGAGGAGGAGGGAUGAGACAUUUUCUUUAAUAGAUUGAUUGUUCCUUGCCUGGGUUCCUUCCCCUUUGGAGGGAAUUCUUGUUCUUAAUUGUUCCUUUUUCUUUUUUUCCUUCCUAAUGGUAAUGUCUUCAUGGUGCCCGUUACCAUAUCCUCCAAAUAUUAUGGGCCGUUGUAAUUAAUGGUGCGUCUUAUGUUCUUGAUCAAUUGCUUGCCUUCUCAUUGGUGAUGCUCUGAAGAGACCACCUGAUGUAGGACAAGGCCGGCCUUGGGAAUAUCCUUGCUCGAAAAUAAUUAAGAAGAGUUGGGGGUUAAGGAAUUGUGAGGUUAAGUUUGUAGUUUAUUAGGUGUGUUUUCAGUAUAAAUUAGUAUGGGAUUAUAUGAAUUUGUGGGUUGUUUGUAAUAUUUGUGUGAAGGAGGGGUAUAUUUGUAAUGUAAUAUAGUUUUAGGGAUUUAAAUGUAAUUUUAUGUAAAGAGUCUUUCUUAUAAAUAGUGUAUGGAAUUUAUGUUGGAGGCAGUUGAUG